CUCGGCAUUGCUUUGGGCUUCCUGGUGCCUCCAGUUCUGGUUCCAAAUGUGGAGGAUGUGGAGAAGCUGGCCUACCACAUCAGCAUCAUGUUCUUCAUGACUGCAGGCACGGCAACAGCCCUAUUCAUCCUGGUUGUCAUAGUCUUCAAGGAGAAGCCCCCGUACCCUCCAAGCCGAGCUCAGGCCAUGAUCCAGUCGAGACCAACAGAGGAGUACUCCUAUGUGCAGUCCAUCCUCCGUCUGCUCCGCAACACCAACUUUUUGCUCCUUAUGGUCACUUACGGUCUGAAUACAGGUUGCUUCUACGGCCUGUCCACUCUGAAUCACUACCCAGGGGAGGAGGUGAAUGCUGGCAGGAUUGGACUCACCAUAAUCCUGUCAGGGAUGGUUGGGGCUCUGAUCUCCGGCAUCUGGUUGGACAGAACCAAAACAUACAAACAGACAACACUGAUUGUCUAUAUCAUGUCUCUGGUGGGAAUGAUAGUCUACACCUUCACUCUGAGCCUAGGCCACCUCUGGGUGGUGUUUGUGACUGCAGGCAUACUGGGGUUUUUCAUGGCAGGAUACCUUCCUCUGGGCUUUGAGUUUGCUGCAGAGUUGACAUACCCAGAAUCAGAAGGAACAUCAUCUGGGCUCCUUAAUGUCUCAUCACAGAUUUUUGGUAUUGCCUUCACCAUCGGCCAAGGGCAAAUCAUGGAUUGCUUUGGGACGAAGGCAGGAAACCUCCUCCUUUGUUCCUUCCUGUUCCUGGGGACCUUUAUGACAGCAUUCAUUAAGGCUGAUCUCCGAAGACAGCAGGCCAAUUUGGAUAACGAACAGACAAGACUCCAAGGCAGCAAUCAGAUCACGGAUUAUGGGACUGUAGCUUGUAACCCUAACCCCAUCAAUUCCUAUUCCUGCUCACUAGCUCAUACAGAAAGGUAG